ACCUGCACUUCCGGGGGCGUCGAGCCUGCCUGUAGAGUCUUCCCAGUAGGCGGCGCGGGAGGAAAAAGAGGUUUGAGGGGCCGGGCCGGGCCGGGCGGAUCCCCUCCUCCCCCGAUGUGAGCAGUUUUACGAACCCCCGUCAGGCGAAGGCUGCCCAGAAAGGUGGAGCCGGUAGCCGGCCCGGGAACAUGAGGCAGUCUCUCCUAUUCCUGACCAGCGUGGUUCCUUUGGUGCUGGCGCCGCGACCUCCGGAAGACCCGGCUUUCGGCCCCCACCAGAGACUCGAGAAGCUUGAUUCUUUGCUCUCAGACUACGAUAUUCUCUCCUUAUCUAACAUCCAGCAGCAUUCGGUAAGAAAAAGAGAUCUACAGAGUUCAACACAUGCAGAAACACUACUAAGUUUUUCAGCUUUGAAAAGGCAUUUUAAAUUAUACCUGACAUCAAGUACUGAACGUUUUUCACAAAAUUUCAAGGUCGUGGUGGUGGAUGGUAAAAAUGAAAGCGAGUACGCUGUGAAAUGGCAGGACUUCUUCACUGGACACGUGGUUGGUGAGCCUGACUCUAGGGUUCUAGCCCACAUAAGAGAUGAUGAUGUUAUAAUCAGAAUCAACACAGAUGGGGCCGAAUAUAACAUAGAGCCACUUUGGAGAUUUGUUAAUGACACCAAAGACAAAAGAAUGUUAGUUUAUAAAUCUGAAGAUAUCAAGAAUGUUUCACGUUUGCAGUCUCCAAAAGUGUGUGGUUAUUUAAAAGUGGAUAAUGAAGAGUUGCUCCCAAAAGGGUUAAUCGACAGAGAACCACCUGAAGAGCUUGUUCAUCGGUUGAAGAAAAGAGCUGUCCCAGAUCCCAUGAAGAACACAUGUAAAUUAUUGGUGGUAGCAGAUCAUCGCUUCUACAGAUACAUGGGUAGAGGGGAAGAGAGUACGACAACAAAUUACUUAAUAGAACUAAUUGAUAGAGUUGAUGACAUCUACCGGAACACUUCAUGGGAUAAUGCGGGUUUUAAAGGCUACGGAAUACAGAUUGAGCAGAUUCGCAUUCUCAAGUCUCCACAAGAGGUAAAACCUGGUGAAAAGCACUACAAUAUGGCAAAAAGUUACCCAAAUGAAGAAAAGGAUGCUUGGGAUGUGAAGAUGUUGCUAGAGCAAUUCAGCUUUGAUAUAGCUGAGGAAGCAUCUAAAGUUUGCUUGGCACACCUUUUCACAUACCAAGAUUUUGAUAUGGGAACUCUUGGAUUAGCUUAUGUUGGCUCUCCCAGAGCAAACAGCCAUGGAGGCGUUUGUCCAAAGGCUUAUUAUAGCCCAACUGGGAAGAAAAAUAUCUAUUUGAAUAGUGGUUUGACCAGCACAAAGAAUUACGGUAAAACCAUCCUUACAAAGGAAGCUGACCUGGUUACAACUCAUGAAUUGGGACACAAUUUUGGAGCGGAACAUGAUCCGGAUGGUCUAGCAGAAUGUGCCCCGAAUGAGGACCAGGGAGGAAAAUAUGUCAUGUUUCCCAUAGCUGUGAGUGGUGAUCACGAGAACAAUAAGAUGUUUUCAAACUGCAGUAAACAAUCAAUUUAUAAGACCAUUGAAAGUAAGGCCCAGGAGUGUUUUCAAGAACGCAGCAAUAAGGUGUGUGGGAACUCGAGGGUGGAUGAAGGAGAAGAGUGCGAUCCUGGCAUCAUGUACCUGAACAGUGACACCUGCUGCAACAGUGACUGCAUGUUGAAGCAAGGUGUCCAGUGCAGUGAUAGGAACAGUCCUUGCUGUAAAAACUGUCAGUUUGAGACUGCCCAGAAGAAGUGCCAGGAGGCAAUUAAUGCUACUUGCAAAGGCGUGUCCUAUUGCACAGGUAAUAGCAGUGAGUGCCCACCUCCAGGAAAUGCUGAAGAUGACACUGUUUGCUUGGAUCUUGGCAAGUGUAAGGAUGGGAAGUGCAUCCCUUUCUGUGAGAGGGAGCAGCAGCUGGAGUCCUGCGCAUGUAAUGAAACUGACAACUCAUGCAAGGUGUGCUGCAGGGAUCCUUCUGGCCGGUGUGUGCCCUACGUCGAUGCUGAACAAAAGAACUUAUUUUUGAGGAAAGGAAAGCCCUGUACAGUAGGAUUUUGUGACAUGAAUGGCAAAUGUGAGAAACGUGUACAGGAUGUAAUUGAACGAUUUUGGGAUUUCAUUGACCAGCUGAGCAUCAAUACUUUUGGGAAAUUUUUAGCAGACAACAUCGUUGGGUCUGUCCUGGUUUUCUCCUUGAUAUUUUGGAUUCCUUUCAGCAUUCUUGUCCAUUGUGUGGAUAAGAAAUUGGAUAAGCAGUAUGAAUCUCUGUCUCUAUUUCACCCCAGUAAUGUUGAAAUGCUGAGUAGCAUGGAUUCUGCAUCAGUUCGCAUUAUCAAACCCUUUCCUGCACCCCAGACUCCAGGCCGCCUGCCGCCUGCCCCUGUGAUCCCUUCAGCGCCAGCAGCUCCGAAACUGGACCACCAGAGAAUGGACACCAUCCAGGAAGACCCUAGCACAGACUCACAUAUGGAUGAAGACGGGUUUGAGAAGGACCCCUUCCCAAAUAGCAGCACAGCUGCCAAGUCAUUUGAGGAUCUCACGGACCAUCCGGUCACCAGAAGUGAAAAGGCUGCCUCCUUUAAACUGCAGCGUCAGAAUCGUGUUGACAGCAAAGAAACAGAGUGCUAGUUUAGUUCUCAGUUCUUUUCACUUAAGUGUGCAAAAUAUUUUUAUAGAUUUGACUUACAAUCACAGCUUAUUUUUGUGAAGAUUGGGAAGUAAGGAAGUGACUUAACAGCAGAUGCCGGUCAUGUGUUUGAACUUCCUGCAGAUAAACAGUUCUUGUGUGGUUCUGCCCGUCUCCUUUUGAAAAGGUAAGGUGAAGGUGAAUCUAGCUUAUUUUGAGGCUUUCAGGUUUUAGUUUUUUAAGUAUCUUUUGACCUGUGGUGCAAAAGCAGAAAAUACAGCUGGAUUGGGUUAUGAAUAUUUACGUUUUUGUAAAUUAAUCUUUUAUAUUGAUAACAGCACUGACUAGGGAAAUGAUUUUUUAAUACACUGUAAUGAACCGCUGAAUAUGAGGCAUUUAGCAUUUAUUUGUGAGGACAACUGGAACACAAUAGGUUUAAUUUUUGCCUUCAACUAAAAACAAAGGAGAUAAAUGUAGUUAUACGUUGUCUCUAAAUAUACAUUGUCUCUAAAUUGUGGGUCUAUUUCUAGUUAUUACCCGAAGUUUUUAAGUAGCAGGGAGAAUUAUACAUCUAGGUUUAGAAAUUAUUUGGGUUAAUAUGGCUUUUCAUAAUUCUAAGAUUAAUACUCCCUACUAGUAUAACUGCCCACCUUACAGUGAGGGUGAGUGCUAGCUAGUUGAAUUAUGGAAGCCGAUCAACCAUGUAGGGCCCUCAUUUGCUGGGUAAUUUUUCUGUGUAAGUAUCUUCAUGUAUCCCUAUUACUGAUAGGGAUACCUGCUCUUAGAAAAUUCACUAUCAAUUAGGUGCAGUGGUUCAUGCCUGUAAUCAAUCCCAGCAUAUUGGGUUGCCUGUUUUCAAACACUAGUGAAUAAGAGGGUAAGAUAUUUCUUAAGAAUAGGUUGUUUUGAAUAGGCUGAGGUGUGAUGAGCCAGCCAGGAAACUGAAUGCUGCCUGCCCUUAUGGUUGGGGGGCCGUCCCUACAAGAACUGAUUCUUCAGAAACCCCUUUUAUUGACCCACAAGCAGAUAUUUGAAUUAUUUUAUUGCUCCAGGACUCUGGAGGGGCUGCAUUUACUCUGUGAAGGAUAAAAACCAUUAGCCUGAAUUCUGAUUUCUAUAAAUUGCCAUUAAAUGCUUUUUUCCCCUAAGAACUGAAAUGUGCUCACCAGCCAAAACAUUUCAACUUGUAAACUUUGAGGGCAAUUAACCAAACCUUUGACUAAUCAUGUCCUUCCCCCCCAACUUUUCCAAGGACAUUUGUUAUGCAGAUACUUGUUAUACUAAUACUUGAACUUGUACCUUAUGGUAUUUGCUGUCUUUUAACUAGUCACAAUAUUCUUGUAUUUUAGUUACACUUUUGGAAUUUGAUACAAGGUGUGUGGGUGUAUGCGUGCAGCAGUUCUCAAAAGAAUGUAAGAAAACCAUUUUUAUAAAAUUGUGACUUU